GCCAGCAUCGAAGCCUCGAAGGUGUGGAGACGGCGGCGCAGUAAAGAACGCCGAGAUGGCGUCAAUUGCCCCUGCGACCGUACUUGCGGUAGCAGGCGUAAUAAUGGCCGGGGGUAAGGGUCCAGUGAACGGAAUUCUGAUGGAAGGAGCGGUCAUAGAGACUGCUCCCUGAAGAGGAUGGGGAAGCUUAAUCCUCAGCAGGACACACAAUGAAAGCAGGGAUCCGGAAACUGAAUAUUCGUGGAGCAAAACAUCAAAGCUUUUUCUGUGGCGUCAACUGUGCUGCACCGCGUAUUCACAGCGUACUCCAUCCGCUGCGGAACUUCCGCCCAGUCCGUUAAUAAGCAAGCAGCCAGCGCCCGUCGGAUCGGAUGUCGACCGGGUUGAAUUUGAUCAGUCGAAGCUGGAGAGGUCCAGGAACAAGAAGGGAUUUCUGCAAUGGACAGUGUAGCAGUAUCCUAUCGACCCAGAGGCCAAGAAGAACACCCUGUCCUCUAAGCACAUCGCAGCCCUGAUGCCACUGACGCAGUCCCUGCUGUGCAGGGCCCGUCCAUCAGCAUCUCCGCUGCUCAUCUUUACCCCCAAGGAACGGGCAACCUCCAGUAUUCCGGUUUCGACUGUGCAUCGACCAACACAGUGCCACAUCCUGCGCACGUCCGCCUCGACUUACGCGUCUCGUCUUGCCUCCAGAGACCCUUUUUUUCCCUUUCGAUCCUCGCUUCCCGGGCGCACGCACAGCGCUGAAUGUCACGCUACCACACUUGUCACGCUUCCAACCAUGGCAAGUCAGAAGAGAUCUCAUGGUAGCCAUGGACACCAUCACCACCAUCACCAUAGUAAUGUCUAUCUGACGUCGGCCAACAAGGACGAUGCUGGCGUCCGUAUCACACGAGUCGGUCUGUUUGUCAACCUUGCAAUGGCGCUGGGAAAGUUCAUCGGAGGCUACGUCUUUCAUUCCCAGGCUCUCAUUGCAGAUGCAUACCACGCGCUUACGGAUCUUGUCUCUGACUUUCUAACACUGGGAACCGUUGCAUGGUCUCUAAAACCCCCAACCGAAAGGUUCCCGAACGGAUACGGGAAAAUCGAGAGUAUCGGUGCCUUGGGAGUUAGCUCGCUCUUACUCUGCGGUGGAGUGUUAAUGGGACUGAAUUCGGGGCAUGUUCUGCUCGGGCAGCUCUAUCCGGAAGCAGCCGAUGCAAUCGGUCACUUAAUAUCUGUGGGACAUUCUCACUCGCACAGUCAUGGGUUGGAGAGCCUUGGGCCGAAUGUGAACGCCGCGUGGCUUGCGGGAGGUUCUAUUAUCGUAAAGGAAUGGCUUUACCGUGCUACGAUGAAGGUCGCGGAUGAAAGAAAGUCGUCCGUGCUUGCGUCGAACGCCAUUCACCACCGGGUCGACUCGCUCACAGCUCUUGUGGCAUUGUUUACCAUCGGCGGCACACAUCUGUUCCAAAAUGCCUUCUGGCUAGAUCCUGUCGGUGGCCUGCUUAUUUCUAUGAUGGUUGUGAGAGCCGGAUGGGGAAAUACCAAGACAUCGCUCCUAGAACUCGCAGAUGCAGCUAUAGACGAUGAUGUAAAAUCAUCGACACGGGAGGCAGUGUCGAAGGUACUUGCGCAAACAGAAGGCUCUGAUAGCAUCCGGGUCCGUGACAUCCAAGGCAUGAAAUCCGGCCAGAAUUACCUUCUCGAUAUUGAGUUAGCUGUGCCGGGCAGUUGGUCAGUCAACCGAUCCAGAGAGAUUGAAGAAGCUGUGCGAGACGCUGUCGGUGACCACGUAUUGGGUGCCAAGCGUGUUAGGGUACGCUUCGUGCCUCUCGAGCAAGGGGAUCUGAAGUUUUCAGAGGAGUUCAUUUCUGCGGAUCACCACGCGCAUCAGCAUUCCGAGUUAGAAGAUUCGUCUCGUAAGAGACGAUAAGAGCUUGUCUUCUUUCACAUCUCUUUUCGCCAUUGCACGUACGGGUCUUUUAAGAGGAGGCGUUACAUGAUUGGUUCUCAAAAGAAGGGCAUAUGAAUAUAUGAUACAAUGGCACGAAGUGUGCCGAAGAAGUUUUGAGGUUGUGGUCAUCAACGUGGAUGUGACGGACCCCGAUUUGAUAUGCUUGCAAUAUAUAUUUCAUCCUGGGCCUAAAAAUUGGGUGGGCAAUCCAUCGAUCGCUGGGGCAUGCAGCCUGAAUCUUGGGGGCCUUUCUUUGUGACAGCUUGGAGUCUAUAGACAUUAGAGCCGCAUGCGAUUGUUUCUCAACGGAGUAUGGAGUAGCUAUGGGUGUACAGCGCUGUAUAUACAUACUAUUUAAAAAUGAAGAGAAUACGAUCCUUCAGCCUUUGCGCAGAAGACACG